AUAUUCCAGUCAUGUCCCGGCGGCGGACCUGAGCGGUGUGACCUUCAUGACUAGCUCAGAGCGCGUGUGUAACCACUGGCCAGAGUUGUCUGUGCCAGCAAGAUGAAGCGUGCUUACAGGUAUAUGCGCUUGUCUACCAGUUCACGGUCAGACAUGGAGGCGACACAGCCAACACAUGUAGUGUUGGAGUUUCGAGAUCUUUGCUACAGCCCUCCCGGUCAAGAGGAGAAGGUGAUCCUAAAAAAUGUGAAUGGUAGAUUUCGCCCGUUUAAGGUGUCGGCCAUCCUUGGACCCUCUGGCGCCGGCAAAACCUCUCUGCUCAACAUCCUUACUUGUAACAGGUGGGCCGGGGUGCAGGGGAAUGUCACAGUCAACGGGCAGCCCUGGAACCGCUCCCAGUUCCGCAGAUUAUGCUGCUACAUCACCCAAGAGUUUGCCAUGAUGGAGCUCCUCACUGUCAGAGAAACACUGCAGAUAGCGGCCAACCUCAAACUACCCGGAAAGAUCUGGUGUGCGAAAAGGAAAGUUCAGAUAGAAGAUAAAGUCGAUGAGAUCCUCGAGCUGCUGAUACUGAAGAAGGAGCAGAAGACCCAAGUCCGGUAUCUGUCAGGGGGCGAGAAAAAGCGACUGUCCAUUGGAGUCGAGCUGAUAACCAACCCUCCAGUUAUGUUCUUUGACGAGCCAACUAGUGGGCUGGACAGCAGUGCCUCGCUGAUGGUGAUGGAACAUCUGCAGUCACUGGCUCAGACAGGUAUCACAGUGGUGGUGGUCAUCCAUCAGCCCAGCUCCCGGUGUUUCCAGUACUGCGAUGACGUACUGCUACUGUCUUGUGGGCGUUCUCUCUUCAACGGUCCCGCUAACACGCUGGCUGAUACGUUCGCCACUCUAGGCUACCACUGCCCCCCGUUCUUCAACAUAGCCGAAUUUGCGGUGGAGGUCGCCAACAUGAAACCAGAUCAGGUGAAGCAUCUGGUGGACAACGCUCAGGAGUUCUACCGUGGACGCAGUGGGGACUUCUUCUCUGAGUUGGCCAGGAGAUCAUUGAAAGGGGUAGGCGACGACCCGACCAGCGAAAUGAGUCCCAUGUUGAUAGGAGAAGACAAGCAUCACAAAAUCACCAUCCAAAGACAAAGUUCCUCCAACAUUCAAGGUUACCCGAUCUCCACAUUCGCUCAGUUCUGUACAUUCUUUAUUUAUAUUAUAGUCGAGUGUUUUGUGCAGGUCCCAUACAAUGUUACUCCAACAUUCAAGCCGAGUGUUUUGUCCAGGUCCCAUGUUGAUAGGAGAAGACAAGCAUCACAAAAUCACCAUCCAAAGACAAAGUUCCUCCAACAUUCAAGGUUACCCGAUCUCCACAUUCGCUCAGUUCUGUACAUUCUUUAUUUAUAUUAUAGUCGAGUGUUUUGUGCAGGUCCCAUGUUGAUAGGAGAAGACAAGCAUCACAAAAUCACCAUCCAAAGACAAAGUUCCUCCAACAUUCAAGGUUACCCGAUCUCCACAUUCGCUCAGUUUUGUAUAUUGUUCAAGAGGUGUACAUUGUGCAUCAACAGGGAUUUGCAACUGUCCCGAGUCCGACUCACAACCCACGCUGUAGUCUCCCUCCUGCUCGGUAUACUAUUCUACAACUUCGGCACAGACGCAAGCAAAGUUUAUGGCAACUUUUCUUUCAUUUUCUUCAACGUGUUGUUCGUUUUCUUUGCCACUUCGAUGCCGACGAUCUGCACGUUUCCGAAAGAAGCCGAUGUGUUCCUGAGGGAACAGUCUAACAACUGGUACCCCAUCCGGGCCUACUACUUCGCUAAGAUCCUGGCAGAUCUUCCUCUUCAGAUUCUUUGCCCGACGAUAUUUGUGGCUGUUGGAUGGUACAUGACCGGACAGCCGCUGGUACUGUACCGAUUCGGCAUGUUGUGGCUGGUAAGCGUGUUGGUAGCAGUACUGGCCCAGACCAUCGGUAACGCUUGUGGUGCUGCACUCACUGUCGAGACGGCGUUAUUCAUAGUUCCUUCAUCCACAAUCCCAGUUCUUCUCUUGUCCGGGUUCUUCGUCACCAUGAAGGAUCUGUACGCACCCUUCCAGGUGUUGGCGGAGUUCAGUUACUUCAAGUUCGCAUUCGAGGCCGCAUGUCAGAGCGUGUUCGGGUACGACAGGCCGAAACUUGCCUGCUCACAGCCAUAUUGUCACUACAAGCAGCUCAGUAAGUUCCUACAUGACAUCGGCAUGUCCGACUUCACAUUCUGGCACAACAUCGUGUGUCUCGCCACUUGGAUAUUCGUGAUGCAGUUAUUCCUGUACAUUCUGUUACGGUGGAGAGUAUCCCAAGCUAAGGUUUAAGUCCGGACUUGCUUACUCAAGAGGUGUAAUUUUUACACUAAGGAUAUAAUAUAAUAACUCCUACCUAUGUUGAGUGAUAGUAGUGCCUACUACAAUUGUUAAAACUAUGUUUCAUGCAGAAAAGUUUCUGAGGUACAAAUAGCUAAAGACCUAUUAUCCUCUUAACAAUCAAAGCAUAACACUUAUUUUAUUAAUGCUGAUAAUGAAUCAUAAACGAAUUCAAUUCCAAAUAUGCUUAUUUAUCAACACUUAUUUUCAAAGACGAACGCAGUUGACAUUAAAUCGUUCAUGUGCAAUAUUAUUUGUUAUUUUUCAGUAAGGAAUUAAUUAGAUAAGGUUAAAUGAGAACACUUUAUGUUACUGAUUUAAUCAUAGUUCGGUUAAUUGUUUUAUUCUAAAUUGUUGUGAAAUAUUUUAUAUAAAGUAAACCGUACUCAUGUUUUCAUAUAUGUUCACUAAUAAAAAUAGAUUUUUAUGAAUUAAUAUUUAAUAUACGACCAAAGUGUUGAUAUUACUUUUAAUGUUAGGGUAUGUACAACUUUGACAAAUAAUGUAUAUUGUAUAUAUUGUCUAUAUCUAUAUUGUUAUCAUUAUUAACAUUACAAGACAAUCUUUUAAUAGAUAAAACUUUAGUUUGUUUAGAGAUUACUUAGUUGUAGGUUUUUUAAUGUUUAUGUAUGUGUACAGUUAUAUACACAUUUUGUAUCAACUGCUUGAAUAAGAUAAGGCUAUGAGUUUAUAUCCUAUUGCUUCAUGGCUGACAAUGCUGUUGUAUUUGUAAAUACAUCGUUUUUAUGCCAAUUAUAUUUGGUAUAUUAUGUUGUUUAGUCGUGUUAGUUAUAUUAUAUAUUUUAUUCAAAGAACAAUUCAAAAUACAUCUUUGAUUUCAUAUAAUACGUUGACUGAGUUUAUUAAACAAUAAAAUAAUUGUGACGUAAUUAUGUUGUUUAUUCGCUUAUUCAAGUAACAAUAUGCCCCUACAUUGAAGAUAUCCAGUUUUGUUUGUUUUAACACAUGUUAAUGUUGAUAAUUAGUAGGUUAUCUAUUUAUUUUAUAAAUUUUCGUAACAUUAUAACAUUUGAGAAUCAAUACAUAAUAGUCUGUCUGAAUUGAAUUGUGUUAGGAGUUUGAAACGUACUUAACAACAUAUAUUUGUGUAAAUGUUGUUCUUUUAAUGUCGCAAAUUUAAAGUAUUAAAAAAAAAUAUAUUAUAGAGUAAUGGAAUAGAUAUGUAUUUUGUUUUCUCAGAAGUUGUUGUGUACUCAUAGAUGUUGUUCUUAACGCUUAUUGACGUAGCAUUGCUAUUCAAGAAGUUUUAGUAACUCAUUAACACUGAGUUAAUUAAGGGUGCAAAAAUUUACGUUCAUAGCUUUAUUAAAUUUCUAUGUAAUAAAAAAAAAUAAUUUACUUGCAUGUAUUGUAUUAUCACUACAGUUGUUACUUUGUCAGUCACCACAUUGCUUUUCACAUAAUUUUUACAAUAAAUCAUUCCUAUGUUCUAAACAUAAUAAGUAUAUACCAUAAUUGGAUUGUACAAUGACAAUCCCACCACAAUCUGUGAUCUGCUCAGAUGUAAGUGACAAGUAAUUGUGAUAUUCUAAGAUAUUUUUAAAUAAAGACGUUUUGUAUUCUACUGGA